GUAAAGAUCCAAAAGUAUAAAAAAAAAAAAGUACGCGAUUGUUAAAAAUGCCAAGUAGUUUAACCCUUGGAGGGUCGCAAAAUUUACACAAAGGCAGAAACAUUCAAAAUUAGGAGGAAUGAAAAAUGAAGAAGUGCAACUAUAUCAUGUCAGGAAGCGCAAAAUACAUGGAGAGGAAACUCGCGCACGAUAUGAUCAAUUUUUAAGAUAAGAAAAAUGCAACUGUAUUGGGCGCACAUGUAUAGCCCCCAAUUUGACAUUCAUUGUAGGGAUACAUCUUCCUCAUGAAAAAUAUAUACACUCACAACAUUGGUAAGAAACACAGGUACAGGUGAAAAGACCACCCACCCAAAAUUGUAGCCCGCAAAACGCACACAGGAAAAGCCAUUUUGUGUCCAACACAAUUAUGCCUCACUAUGAUGGAUGCCGAAAUGAAGAGAUCAUCAGCGCGUUUUCUUUAUCUGCAUGAGGAUGAAUUAAUAUUAGCACAAGAACUACAUGGUUGACACUUCUUCACUUUUUUUUUUAUUCAUUCUGACUGCUAACCAACGACUGGUGUGAAGAAAAAAUGUGUCAUUUUCAAAAAGCUUUUUUUUUCGCAUUACUCUGUAUUUUUUUAUGUAAGAGGAGUAUACAUUCGUGUAGCAAAAGAUACGCCACCCGACAGUGGAAGUUCAUUAGUGCAUCUGGCACAGUUGGGGAUCGUAGCAGCACCAGCAGAUGCGUCUUUAAGGCCCCCAAGCUGAAGGGAAGGAAAAAAUUUAUUCAGGCUCAGGAUAACGCCAACUUGGAAAAAAUAAAGAAACUUAGUUUCACCUACGUAACGGACAUUAUAGUAAAGGUAAUUGGGCAGAUAAGCAAGGCAAAGGCGCACACCAUCACGGUAGAGGCUCAUAGCACAGGUCAGGCUCUCAUUUUGUCAACUUGGAGAUCGCAAGCGGAAAGAUACUGUGAAGAACUGCAGAAAAACGGCCUUACCGUUUCGAUCAUUCAUGAGAGUCAGCUGAAGGAGAAGAAGAAAGGCCUCGACGCGGGCUCGUAA